UAACACCAAUAAGAUAUUUUUAUUUAAAAAGAAAAAAGAAAAGAAAAAGAGCAAAAAGCAAAGUACUCUUGGAAUCCAGCUCCAUUUCCUUAGAUCUCCCAAACCCAUCUCGCUUUUUCUUCCGCACAAUCUCCGACGUACUUACAACCGGAGAGAAAAGUUUCCCAACAUCCCCAACACCCAAACCCAUCAACAGAUCUUACGUUACUCUCCAAAGGUGAGUUUAAGUUUGCAAUCUGUGGAAAAGCUUAUUCUGAUAUUGGACUAUGCCUUGGGAGAUAUUGAUUUGAAGUAAAUAAAGUGCUCAAAAUGAAUCAGGGCUUUUGGAUGACAAAGGGUAGUGGUUGUGUAAAUGAUGGAGAGAUGACAUAUGAUAAUUCAUCGAGAAUUGAGCAAAAGCGAUCUUAUCAGUGGUUCGCGGAUGGUCCUGAGGUUGAGCUGUUUCCGAACAAGAAGCAGGCUGUAGUAGAGGUUCCAAAUAACAAUCCAUUUCCAGGGAUGUUAAGCUCCAAUGCUUCUCCGUGGGGAACCGCUCCCAAUUUUCCCCCAUAUCCUGGCCACGUUGCCGAACGGUUGUUUGAAUCGGAGGCAGCAAGGAAUGUGGGGUUUGAUGAGAGAAACGUGUCGUCAAUUCCUGCUGAGAAAAUGAAUGUGGUGAGAAAAGUUAAUGAGGAUCCAUACGGGAAGAAUUCCUCAUUCGGUUUGUCUGUAUCUAAUGUUCUUGAAGAUCCUAGUAGAUCAGGUUUAACUUAUGGUUUGGGGUUUAGAAAGGUCAAAGUGAGUGAGGUUAAGGACACUGAGAAUCUCAUGUCUGUAUCUAUGGGACAAGCUUAUAGUAAAGGCAAUGACAAUACCUUGUCAAUUUCUCAUUCUUACAAUAAGUUAGGCGAAAAUUCUUUAUCAAUUUUAGGUGGUGAUACUUUUGAGAGGACAGAUAACGGUUUUAUAUCAAUGGGACAACCCUUUAUCAAGGGUGAUGGAAGCAUAUCGAUAGAUCAAACAUUCAAGGAGAACAACCAUACCAUAUCAGCUGAUCAGACAUUCAGUAAGAGCGUUAAUGGUAGCAUAUCGACUACUAGUAGUCUCGUCUAUGGUAAGGUGCAAGAGAGUACCGUGUUGCCAAGUCACGCCUUAAACAAGGGUGACGACAAUGUGACAUCAAUUGGUCACUCUUAUAACAAGGGAGAGAGUACCAUCAUAUCAUUUGGAGGGUGUGAUGAUGAUUAUGGUGAUGAUGCGAAUGCGUUGGAAAGGCUCAUGUCCACUUAUGAAAUGCUGAUGGGUAAGACGUCGGUUCUAAAGACAGAGGAAGUGAUUGAGAAGGAGUUGGUAAACUCUUUGAAUGCUGAUGCCCUUGUGAAUGCUUCACCACAUGUAACUUCUGCUUCAACCAAGAGUUUCUGCAAAAAGAAAGAUGAUCACAAAGUCUCUAAGAAGGCUUCGCCAAACACCUUCCCUCCAAAUGUCCGGAGUUUGCUAUCAACUGGAAUGCUGGAUGGAGUGCCUGUGAAGUACAUUUCAUGGUCGAGGGAGAAGGAGCUUCGUGCCGUGAUAAAAGGUACCGGUUAUUUGUGUGGCUGUCAGUCAUGUAAUUACUCCAAGGUGGUCAAUGCGUUUGAGUUUGAGCACCAUGCCUGUUGCAAGACAAAGCAUCCGAAUAAUCACAUUUACUUUGACAAUGGAAAAACCAUCUAUGGCAUAGUUCAAGAACUCAGAAGCACACCCCAACAUAUGUUGUUUGAUGUGCUUCAGACCAUUACCGGUUCGCCUAUUAAUCAGAAGUCCUUCUGUACUUGGAAAGAAUCCUUUAUGGCUGCAACUCGUGAACUUCAGCGCAUAUAUGGAACCAUGGAUGAGGGAAAGCAAUUGUCGUAACCGAGUUUAUGCGAAUCGGUAAGGCGGGAUCAUCUUUGUUUUGUGUAUAGAAGCUUACCUCUUUUUUGCCUAUACCUUGUAACUAUUAAUGGGGAUAGAAAUUAGAAACUACCCUCUUGAGGGCUUUUUGGUGCCUGUUUGUUUUUAAGGUAUAGCGGAAUUAGUAUGAGGUCAACCUUUACACUUAGAAUAGAACAUUAUGGAAAUUUUUGAACGGAAAGGGAAUUUUUUAUUUCUCUUGAUACUGAAAAUUAUGGAAAUUUUUGUGAUGGCUUUGUGUUUUGUUGAA